CUUGUUGAAAUUUUGGCGGCAACCGCAGCCGCAGGCCAAGAGCGAGCCGCGCUAAGAUCUUGGCAGCAGAUCGCUGUUACAUAAGCUGGUCUAGGCUCACAACCUCACUUUACUUCACUGGGGCAUUGGAGCUCCAAUUCAUCAACCGCGACUCGAUUUCUUUACAAGUGCUGGGUGCUGUGGCCCAUUGUGUUACAACUAAAGCGAUGGAGAUUUGUUCGACUUGAAUUCUUUUUCUUCUUUUCGUUUUCGUUUCGUUCUCUUCGUACCUACGAUGUCAUCUUCCAGUCGCUGCUCGCUUUACGCAGAGCUGCUAGCCAAUAUCCGCCAAAUUUCACUGGUCGCUUCUCUCACAUCGCCCAGUGAUGCCUCCACCAGAGUUGCUGUGGCUGCUGACGGAAGCACCGUCGAGUUGACACAUCAUGGCGAGGUUCACAAAAUCAGUUUGCCUGCCAAGAUACCUCUUGGCAGUACACUCCUUCCCAUCGAUCAGAGGCAAAACGGGACCACGGCUCUGUCAUGGCGAUUGCCACUUGGUGGCACGGUUCCCCAUCCGCAUCUCUCUUCUGAUACCCCCGCCUGGUCAGCGACAGACUUCGACGUCGGCGUCCAGGUCGCUUGCAGGAAUUGCAAUACCGUCGUUGUGGAGGAGGGUACAGUAAAGGUCUGGAAAGACUUGCCAAGUGAGAACUGGGCCGAGAUGAUGGAAUUCUGGCAUUGUCACAAGCCGGAUCACCAUCAUGAGGAUGGACACGAGCACGGGCAUUCCCGUGAUGAGCACUUUGGCAAGGCAGAUGAAAAGAGCCUGGCUGCUCGAGGCUAUGGGGCUUCGUCCAUCAUCUCAGCUCAACCAGGUGUCGGUUUUGUUGACUUGACAACGAUCCUCUUUACCGAACGCGAUUGCCAGAAUAUCACGUACUCAAACUCAGCCUUUGAGCAAGGGUCAUUAAAUAGACAAGAUCUGCCAUUGACCAACAACCGCAGCUUGAAUGUUUUUUGCUCUUCCUGCCACUCUCAACUCGGCUUCUACGUCUUUCGGACAGCAGCUGUCACCCUUUUGAAGUGGCAGAUGUCUUGCAAGUCCGCAUCUGGUUCAGCACCAGGCAUCACUGAGUGCCUGGCCGCGACUAUCAUCUCCACCAUCUCGCGAUCUGCCUCGUCAAAGUCGCUCAUCAUGCCCAUCAAUGAGACAGAAUCGGAAGUCAAACAGACGGUGAUUUACGCGUGGGUGCUCAACGCUAAUAUUGUGUACUCAUCGAGUAAUGGGGCGUUGGGAAGACCAGCUAUCAAGCUGUUGUAUCAGAAGAUACCGCGAGAGGAAGCGGACAAGAUGUUGGAGGCGGUGACGUGUGAGGCGCAGGAGAUCAACCUGCCGGCGAUCGCUAUUGAGAAGGUGGUCGAGCAUUUGGAUGAGAGUAACUGGUUGUUACCGGAGAAGGAAAGGGUGUUUAGGGAGUGGAGGGUGGGGUUGUUGACGAGAUGAUUUGAUGGAUCAUUAGCAAACGAAAAAGAGCGCCCCGUUAUACCAUUACGCCAUGCCACCAGUUGAAAGCUCCUCAAAAC